UCCUCAUUAACACAUCUUCUUCGUUAAGAGAAGAUAGCAAACAACAGGGGACAAGCACCUUUCAAAAAUGAUCUCAAAACUUGUCGACCCAAAGGACGCACAGUUCAUCUUGGUUGGUUUGGUGGUAUCCAAGAUCCUUUCCUGCUUGAAAUUGGGGCUAUAUUUCUACUUAUUUUACUGCAAUUUUAGUAAAAUUAGUUAUCUAUUCUUUCGUGUGGAAUGAAGGUCUGUCCAGAUUUCUUUGUUGUAGUGUUAUCCGUGCUGGGGCUGGAUUUGGUGGUGUGGGGUCAUGUUUCUCUCACGUUCCCACCCGCACGACAGAUUCCGAUCGACUUUCUGAACACGUUCUGGACAAAGGCCCCGUGUGGGAUGCCGAGAGGACACCUUAAAACGUCCCUGGCUGCGGGCAAAGGGUUCAAUGUAACGUGGCAUUUGGGUUAUGCACAUCAAGGGGGAUACAGACUUGAACUUUUGGAUCAAAAUGAGAACAAGUUGAUGGAUUUGACGCCUACAAAUGAUAACACAUUUCAUCAAGGACAAACCACGGCACAAUCUCACUAUAUUGAUCUACCUGAAAACUCGACCUGCGUUGGAUGCACGAUCCGACUACUUCGACAAGUUCCAGAGUUUGCGCCGGAUUUUCAGUUUAUUUCCUGCGCCGAUGUGGAUAUCGUAUCGAGACAGAAUUUUAUCGAAAACUGUAACGGACACGGUUACGUGAUCGGGGGCAGGUGUACAUGUUAUGCGAGGUAUUGGGGUGACCGGUGUCAAUAUCAGGACGAAUGUGACACCGACAUUGACUGCAAUGGUCAAGGACGCUGCAUUCAUCUGGGUGGAUCUGCCCUCCCCCGGAAACAGUGUUACUGCCCAGCAUCGCAUUAUGGGGCGAGAUGCAGUUUGCAAAAUCCUACCAAUAUGCCACAUCCAGACAACUUGAACCUUAAGCAACACGUCAGAGUCAAGUUGGAUGAAAGGAUGACCAUGUAUUUUAAAAUUUUCUUGGGGUCCACACAAUCUCAAGAUGAGAUGGAAUUCGUCCUUCAAAUUAAUGGAACGUCGUACGGAGGUCUUGGCUGGCGUCCGACGAAUAUCGGACCAAUUUGUAAAAGCUGGCCGUUCAUCUCGAGUGCUCUUCACGGGAAUAAUUAUCGUACAAAGAGAAGUUCUUCGUCCGUUUUCACAAUUACAAAAUCUAUCGAUCAAACGGACAACUUUUCCCCAUCAAGUCAAAGCCAUGGUCGAGGCCAGAAUUAUAUUUCGACGGUGUCAUCGUCCAUCGACAACUCCCCCCAAGCACGGCAAGCCUCUUCUUCUGUGUACCAAUCCUUCGAUACCAUUACCACCAAUAGUGAUUCCGGUGUCCAAAACGCGUACCGUGCCCCCGUUUCGAACAACAAUAUCCAAACCGUGAUUCAAUCUUCUACUCCGUCAAGACUGAGACUGCAACAAAAUAGCCAAAAUAUCCAGGUUCACACGAUUCAGCUCACUACUCCAAGAGGUCCUCAGGUCCAAUCAUUGCCACUCCCUCGCGCACAACCUGUCGUUGUUUCUUCGUCGUCAUCAUCAUCUCAACAAAGAUCUAAACCGCAGCAGCAACAGCAACAAAAUCCAGCACCACAACAGACUUCUAUUUCUCAACCAAGUUUUACCCCGUCCGAGUGGGCAGCCAAGGACCCCUUCACACCGAUGGACUGCUCUGACAUAAUCGUGGGUUCGGCUCGUGGAAACUAUCACCGAAUUAGAGACACCUACUCCCGAGGAAGGCACACCCCACUGCCCGACUACAUUUGGGGAGGACGCGACGAUCUGAUCGGGGCCGUUGGGUGGGAGCAGUAUGGCGUCACCACGUUAGCAUUUAGACGCCGCAUGGACGCUGCUGACGGACCGGAUCACCCGAUUCGUGGCGACAUGCAGGUCAUCUGGGCGAGGGGGCAGGAACCAGGGGAAGUAGUUCCCGUGCCACAGCAUCAACUCACCCCUGGAAAUCCGACAGUUUCAUCUUUCUACACCCGAGAUGAACUCAAAUACCACGGUCUCGGGUCACAAAGAGGAUUCCUCUUCAUCGACUUUGAUGCCGUCCGGCAGGAAUUUGUGAAUGGAAGAUUCAGUCAGUAAGAACACGCAAAAACCACACUCAAUUAAAUACAACCACGACAAAAUCCAUCUCAUUUGUACCACACACGUAUGUAGAUAUUUACGUACAUAUAAUUAAGAAUUAUCCCUAAGUCAUUAUUUUAUAUAGUGUUUUUCUCAUUUCUUACCUAUACCAAUCUCUGCAUGCAAAUAAUAAAGUUUUUAUACGCA